CCUCCCUAAUCUCCAUCUCCUCUCUUUAGUGUAUGAUCUCCAGCUUUUUGCCUAGCGUUCAGAAAUAGAGAGAUGGGCUGCUUCUUUUCUCGCGGCUCAUCGCAGCAGUUCGAUGGCGUGCGGGUAAUCCACAUCAACGGCUACGUGGAGGACUUCGCCGGAACGGUGACGGCGGGCCAGGUCACCGGGAAGCCCCCCAAGCACGUGCUGUGCACCUCGGCCCACCUCCUCUCCAUCGGCUCCCAACCAAUCCGGCCCGACGACCCGCUCGAACCGGGCUUGCUCUACUUCCUCCUUCCACACUCCGUCUUCCAGUCCGACUCGUCGCUGGUAGACCUCGCCUCCCUCAUGACCCGCCUCACCGCCAUCGCCCGGCGGGGCGGACCGGCCCCGGCCGGGUGCUUACAGCCCGUCAGUGGUUCCGGGAAGCUUGGCCCGGGGAAUAAUGGGCCGUGGCGCCCGAGGGCCCGGACGUGGAAACCCAAGCUGGACCCGAUCGAGGAGCGGUGUCUCGGGCGGUCCAUCGGCAGGGAGUCCUACAAAAGCCCCAGCCUCAGCCGCAGCCCCGAUCGGAACAAACGUCCGGAAACGUGAGAACGUUACAAGUAAAAGAACAUGCAAUAGGUUUUGCUUGGUACGUGUGCAGUGCUCCACACAUGUGUAGGUUUUCGGUGUUCUACCAUGGUUUGAUUUUUUUUUUUUCCAUGCAUUUGCUGCUUUGGCGAAAUAUACUAUGUCCGGUUCUUCUUUGUGAAUAAUAAUAAUAGUUUGUAUAGAACAGAGGGGGGAAAAUUUAAAUAUAAUAUUCUUCGCAACCUUGAAUGAUUCAUACA